AUGGCUGAUUCCUCUGCCGACACGGACCAUAGCCAUCGCGACGGAAAGCACCGGCGAUCGCACCUCCACCACCUGAAUGUCCAGGUCCCUCCCGUGACCAGCAACAUUGGCUGCUUCGUCGGCUGUUUCCGCCCGUCCCCAACAUCGUCUUCCCCCGUCGCGCACGGCAUCAGCUGCCUCGGACACGGACACGGGCACGGGCACGCAGACCGGCCGGCGUCCCCGUCUCUGAUCCGGUCGCCAUCGGCGUGGAUCAAGGCAAAGGGCCAGAGCCUCGGGUCUGGCAGGCACGUGCGUCGCCGGUCCCGGGACUUCCAGUACGACGCCCUCAGCUACGCGCGUAACUUCGACGAGGGAGGCACGGACGGCGAGGGCGAGGAGGAGGCCAGGCUUGCAGCGAGCGACGCGCUCAAGCACCGGUGCUUCACGUCCAGGCUCCCCACGUCGCCACCGCCCGAGUCCCCGUCGGGGAUGGCCACCAGCGGCAAUGGCAAGGCAGUGGAGCAGCGCGAAACAGGCCGUGAUGAUUUGGAAUGA